CUCCAAACGAACCUGAUAUUAACUAGAAUUGCUGUUGUAUAAUUUUGCAUUAAACAUAUUACAUAAUAUUUCUGGACUAACAUCACAAGUUGUCAUCUUAAGCUGUGAUUCACAACUUCAAGUGAAAUUCAAGCCAUUUAAAUUACAAGAUGUCAAACAACUUUCCGAUUUCCGACGUGGUGCAAAUCCUUGUCCAAGAUCCCUACCUAGUACGACACAAGGACGAGUUUGCAGAACUGCUAGGCAUUGAUGCAGCUACGAGGGGAACUUUAAAAAAGCUAUGUAAUUUCGACAUAGAGACGAGUAGGGCCUACUUCACCAGAUUGUUGGAAGACUGGGUUGGGCCCUUAGGGAAGGAAGCAACCUUGACCAAAUUGCACGACGUCCUCGAAACCGGAAAGUUCAGGACUGUUGCUGAUCAACUUAAACAGUUGGACUGUUUCCUCUGGAAAGAAAAGUUAUCAAAGAACGGCCUCGACAUCCCAUGUCGAACCAAGUGGUACGUCGAAAGGACGCAAGAGGAACAAAAAAUCCUACACUACAAGAACAUCGAAAACGGGAUCAUCAUCCACGGACAGGACGGGAUUGGGAAGACACAACUCGUCCUCAAAACCUUCAACUCAACCUCAAAACCUUUAUUGGUCUACCAUUUCCUUCGUGGCGACAGCAUCAUCAAUUUGAGAGAAUCCUUAGAAAAGUACGCCAGACUUGUGGGAUGUCCCACAAAAAAGGGUGGUAUGGAAAAAUCAUUGUCCGAACUAUUUAAAUCUGUCUGCCGGAAAAUGUACGGCAAGGAUUUAGUCACCGUCAUCGAUGGGCUGAACAUACUCGGCGAUGACGGGAAUGAGCUGAGGCAAGAAAUUAAAAAAGUAAUAGAAUGCUGUUCCACACUCGAUCGCCCGAAACCCUUCCUAGUCAUCACCACGCUACGAACAGAUUUAAUCCCCAAGGACGUCGACACAUUUUCAUGGGGUUAUCUUGAACUCUUCGUUUUCACGGAUGAAGAAGCCGAAACUUUCGUGAGGCAGAAACUUUUCAACGAAAAUUCAACAGAUAUUAAGCAGUUGAACAAGGAAUUGGGAAACUAUCCGAUCGCCAUAAACCAAGCGGUUGAGACCAUUAAACGAAUCAAUUACGCGAAACUGGAGACCUACUCGAUCAAGACUUACUUGAGUGAGUACAGAAGACUGGGGUCAUCCAUUACGAUGGAAUCCGAAGAAAUUGGCGUUCCCAAGUCUAUGGUCACCAUUGCGAAAAUGAUUAUAUCCCAACUAAACAAUGCUGAGGGUCCUGAUGGGAUUUUAGCAGUGCAGAUUUUGGAACUUUUAGCCUUUAUUGACGGGGAUGGUAUUUCUAGAGAAAAUUUGGAAAAUAUUUCUAAACAUUGGCAAGGUUUUGAUUCGAACAAGGUCAAAAAUUCGGUCGAUCUUCUUUACAAGUAUUCUUUCAUCUCACGUAAAGAUUCAGGGACCAUAUUCAUUCAUCGCGUUGUGCAAAACGUGCUGCAAUUUUAUUUGCGUAGAUUACAUGCGACUGAAAAUACGGAGAAAUUACGCCUUCUAGAUUUUUUUACGAAAUUGCCACCCGAAUUUAUAAAGUCAUCUCAAUCUAGGCUUGGACACUUGGCUCGAAUGUGGACAAUUUUUUCACGCAGAUAUCUCAACAUCGGACACCCUCACCUGCACGGGAUUGCAAACCAGAUAUAUUUUGCGUAUGGAAAAUUUGGGCUCUUUUCACAAGCUAAAUCCUUCAUUUUUGAGCAAAGCGAAAUAUUCGCGAACCAAUUAGGCGAUGAGAAUGUAAAUACGCUUAAAAUUCAGAAAAGUUGUGGCAUUGCGAUGCGCAACUUGGGCAAAUAUAUCCAAGCCGAAAAAAUAUUUAAAGACGUACACGCCCAACAGGAGGGACUGCUUGGGAAUAAACAUCCAGAAACUUUGGACACGGAGCACUGGAUCGUGUCCAUGUAUUGGAGGCGAAAAAUGAACAAUAACGAGGCAGAAACUGUAAUCAAAGACUUGAUCAACAAAUGCCGAGAGGUGGGAGAGACAGAAAUUGAAAUGAAGGCAACACAAGUCCUCGCGUUUAUUUUAGCAGAUAACGACGACACUAGGGGAAGCUUUGAUAAGCUUUUGGAAGUCUGGGAAUGGCGAAGAGAUAAGUUUGGUGAUAAUCACAGCCACACGGUUGCAGCACUUCAUAACUUGGCACAUUCCAAGUAUCAGUUGAGGCAGUAUAACGAAGCCUUUCAGGAUUUUAGUAAUAUUUUGGAAAAAUUUAUUGAAUCUCGAACACCUGCAGACACAUUGAAAUCGGAGUAUUGGAAAAUUAUGUGUGAGUCAAAAAUGAUUGGUUUUGUAGGCAAUGUGGGUUGUGAUUUGCCCAAUUGUGUAAGAAAGCUGGAGCAGCUUUAUGAAAAACAGAAAAAAUUGGGAUUCGAUAAGAAUCAUCCAGACAUUUUAAGAACAUUAGAGAGCAUCAAAGUAAUUGAGAAACAACUAAAUGUUGCUGACCAGCCAAGACAAGACAGUGUAGAUAACCCGUCCUCAAGCGUUCCUGCGCCACAGAGUAGGCCGGUCUUGGUUAAUGUGAGGACCUCUCAGACGCCACGUGACGAGGAUACGGUUAGUUGCUGCUGGAAAAUGCUUUGCUGUUGCUGCACAAGAAAAACGACCCGAUACGGUAAUGCAAGGCGUUUAAGUACAUCAAGCCAGGCUCAAUUAAUACAAUAAGAGGUUAUUACAACAUUAAAGAUAAAUAGCAAGUAUUUAAUAUGACACUAAUAUCUUAAUAAUUUAUUAGUAAUUAAUUAUUGUGUAUGAUAUAAACAAAUAAUGAUUCAGUAAAAAAUGUCGCGUAAUCUUAA